CGGUCGCAACGGCGACUCAUCGAGCAUCUCCGAGUGAGUUCGCAUUGUGUGCUCCUUCCCUUCGGUCUCCUGUGAUUUUUUUUUCUCUUGGCAUCAUCCCCAUAAUAGUAUUACUCAUCCAUCUGAGGAACACAUGUGCUCAGCAUUCCUUUCGUCGCUGCAGACGUCGGUACUUGCCAAAUCCCGGGGACUAGCGAAUUGCGAAAUAGGGAAUAAUGUAAAGUGCGGUAGCGUCUAAAGGACAUUCUCUCAGUGUUUACGGAGCCAUUGUUUUUUUCAUGAAGGAUUGGGGGGGAGCAGCUGCUGUCUCAGUGAUAAGAGGUCGUCAGGUCUACUAUUAAACAAAUUAAGUACCAACCGAGGAAUUAACAACCAUCACACUGGAGGGUUCCAAGGGAAUGGAGGGCAAGAUGACAGGUGCUGGGGUAAUACCAUCGGUGGCCGGUGGCACAGCCACAUUACCUAUAGCCUCGGUUCCUCUACCUGGGGAAAUAAAGAAGACGUGGUUGCGUCGUGUUGCUCCUUGUCUUGCCUUCUUGGCGGCAUUUUCCACGGCAAUGGCUCUUCUGCUUAUUUGGAGUGAAGCAGCUGCACAAAGAAGACAAGCCUUCGAUGCAAAUAUGACUAGAGAUUAUGUAUUCGGCGUGUCAAUGGAUAAUCCCCAGCUAGUAACGUACAUUCGAGAAGUCCAUUUGAAGAAGCCAAUGAACAAGGAGCUCCAUAAUAUAACCGAAACCCCGGAGGAGAAAUUUUUGGUGAAUUUUUUCAAGGGCAAGCGGGAGGGAGUUUAUCUCGAGUACAUAAAUCACGCUGGCGCUAUCUCCACGAGCUCCUGGUUGGAGGCGAAUUAUGCCUGGCGUGGAUUACUUGUACUUACCGACUUCAAAUCCUUCUUCGAAGCGAGCAAGAGCUUCAGGAAUCCAAUGACACGUGCUGUCCAUGCCUGUUUGAGCACCGACAAAGAUACCAAAGAGAUUACGUAUCAUCAAGAGUCCGACGUGCGAGUUACCAAGCUAAGCGAAGGCCCCAAUAGUCUAUUCCCUGACGAGGGUCUUCCAACGAUGAGGCUCAAGUGCUUCCCACUUUACAGUCUACUUCUUGCUUAUAAUCAAACGACGAUUGAUUACUUCAGUCUGGACAGCAUUGACUCUUCCGACAGUCAGGUCCUCGACACUAUUCCCUGGGAUGUAAUACGAAUAUCAGUUCUGUCAAUUAGAACGAGUAACCACCAAAGCGAGGCCGACGUAAGAUCACUAAUCGCUAAGUUAUCAGUGAGACGAUACAAACUCGUUAACAGAACUGACACUGGCAAAUUGAUAUUCACAUACUCGACAUUACUUAAAAUAUAGAAAUCAAAAGAGAAAUUAUAACUGAAGAUUAUGCCAGUGUAGGUAUUAGUGAGAUAUUAAAAUUCGCGUCCAGACCCGGCGGAUUAUCCAACUGAUCAACCGUAAGAACAAUUACAAACAUUUUCUUUUUAUCAUGACGGGGAAAAAAUCGUACGCAUUUAUUUUAUACGAUCAUAGUAAUAAUCGCGCAGCUGUCAUUAGUUUAAUUCAUUUUAUUGGACCACUGCCAAUAGCCCUUGGUUUUUAGUCCACAUCAAAGUGUGUUUUCUACAAUUAUUUAAGUCAUCUUUUUCUACCAAUUUUUUUUGCUUAAACUUUUUCCAAGGGAUGAUGUUGAUACGAGUAUUACCACUAGAACGAUCAUGUUUUCAUAUCGAGUAUUUAAGGGCCUUAUUAGCGUUUAAGAUAGCUUGAUUCAACGUUCGAUUCCCAGGGAACGGGGAGGGGAAUUUCAUAGCUCAGAAAAGUUGGGCAGUUGCAUGACUUUUUAAUGAAAAAAUAAAUAUUACAUGAUAUUUAAUGAAAGGGACUGGAUACUUCAGUGAAUUUCCUGUCCAGCUGUAAAAAAAUCGUGCAAGGGCCCAAUUUAGGAACAAUAAAGACCUUCAUGUCGUACGUAGAGCGACGAACCCCGAGUGAUCAGUUCUCCUCUGUUAAAAUUUUUCUUCUUUUUUUAUAAAAUAAAAAUAAACAACACAUGAAAGCAAAA